CUCACUGUGUCUUUAAAUUCUACGUCUGUAAAGUACUAUAGAAUUUUAAAAGAUGGAUAGACUUGGGCCCAUUCGCGGGAAAUUGAAAUCACGAAACUCUCCAUGUAAACGAAAAUAUCAGCCUUAUACGAGGGCACUAAGAAAAGAAGUGAACAGAGUAUAUGACCAGAUUUAUGCUAUUGUGUAUGGUCAUUGUAUUGGUGAUGCUAUUGGACUUCUUACAGAAAAUUUAACUAAAGAAGAAGCUAAAAAGAAAUAUAAAGAAGUUCACAACAAGUUAGAAUAUGUCCACAAGAAAAUAUUACCAGAUGUACACAGAAGGAAGUGGACUAUUGGUGACUGGACAGAAGAAUCGGACCAUAUGUUACUGAUUUUGCAGUCUAUUUUAAGUAAAAAUGGAGAGGUUGACCCAUUAGAUUUCUCAAGAAAAUUGAUGGAAUGGAACGAGAAAGGAUUUCCUGAACUGAAUGAUGUUUGUGGUCUAGGAACCUGUCCACAAGUUAAAUCUGUGAUAUCACAUCCACAGUUUUCUGAAGAACCAAAGAAGGCUGCUGAAAUAGUAUGGCGAGAUUCCAGGAAUAAGUCUGCCACAAAUGCUGCUGUAGCUCGUACCUCUGUACUAGGAUUUCAUCAUUAUAAUAACUUUGGUCAGGUUAUCAAGCAUACCCUAGAUAUAUGUAACACAACACACUCAGAUCCAAGGUGCCAUGCUUCCUGUGUUGCAGUGACUACUGUAAUGUCAUUAUUACUGCAGAGAAAUGAACGUCACAUAAAGAAAGAUGGGAGCUACAAUUUAACAGGAGUAACUGAGGAAGCUUUCAGAUAUGCCUCACCGCUUCUCCCAUCAUAUGAUCAGGUGAAAGAACUCAAAAAGUACAUGUUUUGUGAGACAUUAAAAGCCUUGGAGUUAGAUGAGCAAUGUAAGUCCAAUUACACCUAUAAAACUUUAGGAGCAGCAAUGUGGGGACUCAGACAGAAAGAUUUUAGACAGGCUAUACAGGAUAUUGUUAUGGAGGGAGGGGAUGCUGAUGCAAAUGCUGCAGUAGCUGGUGCUCUGUUAGGAUGUAAACUAGGCAUACAGGCCAUUCCCAGGACAUGGAUAGAUCAAUUGGGUAACAGAUUGUGGCUGGAUAAUUUGUUAGACAGGUAUUUUGAUAUAUUGGAAGGAAGACGUACAACAAAAGAGACAACAUUAUGACAGCUUAUGAUAUUAGUAUAACUCUUAUUGAAACCAGGAAGUAUUAAAACAAAGUAUUAUAUAAGAAAAACAGUUAUUUAUAGAUAAGUAAAUUGAAUGUUGUGAACAGUACAAUGCCUUUACCAUAAAUGCUCAUGCAGAAAAUUCUUGUUAUUUUUUUUUUAUGUAAAUGCAAAUAUUGCAACAGGUUGAAAUUGCAUUCAUUUAAAAUUUAUUCUAGGAUGUAUAUCUUUUCCCGUAUGGAAAUUGCAUUAAACAGGCUAUUAUUUGAACUUGGAAUUAUUUUUAAUUAUGGAAUUAACAUAAUUUCUUGUGUUGGAAUUUUUUUAUAAAUUCCAUGUUUAUUUUGUAUUACUGUAAAUUCAGAAAUUAUUGCGAGGUUUUUAUUAUUGCGAAUAAUGCGACUGAGUUGUGAACGCAAUAAUUAAAACUCGCAUUUUGUAAUAUUUUAACUGAAUUAAGCAUGACUUUUCUCAAAAUCGUAAAAAUUAAAAUCGCAUUCAAGUGUAAAAUGACAAAAUCGCAAUAAUAAAUGCACACAAUAAUUUCUGAAUUUACAGUAUUAUGUUUUGAGCGGAGCAUAACACUUUCCCCACAGUGUACUUUGUAUAGAUAGUGUUGUGCACUGCACAAUACAUUCUAUUGAAAGUGUGCUAUCUUUUUUGUAAUAGAAAGUGUUGUGUGCGGCACAAAACAUUAUGAUACAGAAUAAUCAUGGAAUUCAUUAAAAAUUUCUAACACAAGAAAUAAUGCAAAUUCCAUAAUUAAAAAUAAUUCCAAGUUCAUAUAAUAGCCUGUUAUUAAUUAAUCUCACAUAUUUGUUAAUUUUGGAAAACACACAGUUAUUUCUGCAUAUAUUAAAUCACAAUUUUACAUGAAGGUUUAGAUAUAUCUACUAUCAAGUAUGUAUGAAUGUUAAAAUAUUUUCUGCUAUCUGCUGAUAUAUAAAAAUUAUAUUAGCUAAAAUUUAUGUACUGGUCCCAUGUAUUAUACACAUGAUUAACAAAAAACAUUUAAAAUUCUGUUCUCAAUAUGUGAAAGAGUUAUAAUCAUGUAAAUAGUUCUUAAAAGUUUUAGUUAUUUUUUAUUAUUAAAAGUUUGGCAAUUAUAAUCAUGAAUAUUGUAGUUGAUUAAGUGCAAUAUGUUCAAAUUUUACCUGGUAAUUUUUUUUGGUGAUCUGCAUUUGCAUUUCAUAUUUGUGUCAUUUGAUGGUUACUGUGGAUUCAUUUAUUUUUGUGUGAACCAAUUUCUGUGGAUCAAGAAAAACUUGCAUGUUCAUAC